AUGGAGGAUUUAAUCCCCAUUAUCAACAGCCUUCAAGAUGUUUUUGCAGCUGUCGGAUCUGAUGUCAUAUCUCUUCCACAGAUUGCAGUCGUAGGCAGCCAAAGCUCUGGUAAAUCUUCUGUAUUAGAAUCUAUCGUUGGAAGAGACUUCCUCCCUCGUGGUUCUGGUAUUGUUACAAGACGUCCACUUAUUCUUCAACUUGUUCACUUAGACAAAGUUCCACAAAAAGGAGAUCCACAAGAAUAUGGAGAAUUCGCUCACAAGCCCGGAAAAAUUUUCACCGAUUUUCAAAAAAUCAACGAUGAAAUUAUCGCUGAAACAGACAGAGUUACUGGAACUGGAAGGAACGUUUCCAAGGAGCCAAUUAGACUCAAACUAUGGUCUCCCAAUGUUUUAAACCUUACACUUGUCGACCUUCCUGGUCUUACAAAGAACGCUGUUGAAGGACAGCCAAAGUCCAUUGUCCAGGAAAUCUAUGAUAUGGUCAAAGAGUUCGUAGAUAAGCCCGAAUGCCUUAUCCUUGCCGUUUCACCAGCAAACUCCGAUCUUGCCAACUCUGAUGCCUUACGUCUUGCCAGAGAUGUUGAUCCAAAGGGAGAUAGAACAGUUGGUGUUAUUACAAAAAUCGAUCUCAUGGAUGCAGGCACAGAUUGCAGAGACGUCCUCGAGAACCGUGUAUAUCCGCUCAAACUUGGCUACAUUGGCGUUGUUAAUAGAUCACAAGCUGCUAUCAACUCAAAGGUCAGCAUGGAGAAGGCCAGACAAGCUGAGCGCGAAUUCUUUGAGAACCACCGCGACUAUUCCGACCUUGCAGAUAAGUGCGGAACCAAAUACCUUACUACAAUUCUCAAUAGACUCCUUAUGGAGCACAUUAGAACCACGAUGCCUGCAUUACGCCAUAAGAUUCAAACAAUGCUCGAAGAAAAGGAACGCGAACUUGAAGGAUACGGUUCAGAUCCAACUAAAAACGCCGCAACAAUCAACGCAUUCAUCUUAGACGUAAUUUCCAAAUACCUCGAUAUCUUCAACAAUUUCCUCGCCGGAAAGCGCGCAGACGGCAGCGAAUCUACUGAUGAAUCAACUGCUCAUGGCGGAAGGAUACCAGCUCUCUUCACCGAUAAAUUCAACGCAGAACUCGACGCAUUACCAGGCCUAACCAACAGCAAGCCGAAGCAAAUCUACAACAUGAUUAAGAAUCAUACUGGCAUUUCCGUACCAAUUUUUACUCCCGACUACGCAUACGAUGAUCUCGUUAAGCAGAUUAUUGAGCAGUUCAGAGAACCAUCGCUCAAUCUUAUCGAUGACGUUGUGAAAAUUUUGUUCGAAAUGCAUAGCGAAGUAAAGUUCAUGGAACUCGACAGAUUCAAUGUUCUUGAAGGUUCCAUUCGCGCUGUUGUUGAUGAUUGCAUCCGCGAAUGCGUUGUUCCAUGCAAACAAUUCAUAAAUGAUCUUAUUGACUCAGAAAGAUCAUUCAUUAACUCGAAGCGACCAGACUUCAGAGGUCCUGAAAGGAUCUACGCCGGAAAGGCCAAGGAUUUACGUGCCAGACCUCUUCCUCCACGUCCACCUGUUUUAGAUCCUGUUGCUGUCUCCACAUUAUUCGGUUCUUCCAAGAACUAUACACAGCACCAAGGCCAGGAGUUGCAGGAAUUGCAGGCUUCAGCCCAGGAAUACUUCGAGAUUAUCAGAGAACAACUCAAGGACAUAAUCCCGAAGACAGUCAUCCGCUUAGUUGUCCAGAAGUCCACUGAAAACUUGAGACCAAAGAUGAUCAGAGACGUUUUCAAUGCAGCUGACAGUUUACAGCUUAUGCAGGAAGAUCCUUCAAUCACAAAGAAGAGAAUCUCAUGCACACAGAUCGUGGAAGCAUUAAGAAGGGCUCAACAGAUCCUUCUCGAGGUUAGAACUGCAAAGUUUUAA